UCAUCGUAGAUCGGUCCAAGCAGCAUUCCGUACGUUAGGAUAUUAGGAUAUCGAACUUGUUCUAUACGUACCCCUGAUUCCCUGAUUCCCUGAGCUAUUUGCGUACUCGACAUAUCGAAACCUUACAUUCCUUCAUCUCAAGGCAACCAGGAAUCAUCAAAAAUCUCUCCCAUAAUGUCCAGUCCAGUGCCCAAGAUGGAAGACACUGCCCCAUCAGAACACCUUGUCGACACCACCCCCAAGCCAGAUGCCGGUGUACAAUCCUUGCUCUCAAGAAUAGGCGGUUUGGCAACGGAAGACAAGGACAAUGCUAGCGAAGUGAGCUCGAUGGACAUCAAGGGUUCUUCGGCAGCAGCCGAAGAGGCACCCGAUGCCGCAAAAGCUGGAGAUGAAGAGGAGAAGCAGAAAGAGGCGAGCGCCCCUGGUCCUGCUAGCAAACUUCUUCAGUCGAGUUACGAUGUCAAGGUAACGCUUCGAGAUCAGCAAGCCGACCCCAAUUCCCCACUAUUCUCCAUCAAAUCGUUCGAAGACCUGGGAUUGCACCCUCAACUGCUCAAAGGACUGUAUGCUAUGAAGUUCCAGAAACCGUCCAAGAUCCAAGAGAAGGCUCUACCUCUGCUGCUCGCAAACCCGCCAUCAAACAUGAUCGCCCAAUCUCAAUCGGGAACAGGGAAGACGGCGGCUUUCAGUCUGACAAUGUUGAGCAGGAUCGCAUAUGGCCAGGAGUUGCCUCAGGCGAUCUGUCUAGCACCUUCCCGAGAACUCGCUCGACAAAUCGAGAUCGUCAUCCAGUCCAUGGGCAAAUUCCUACCUCUCCAAACCUUCUUGGCCGUCAAGGAUGGUUGGGACCGUAAUACAAAAGUGACCGCUCAGGUGAUCGUUGGAACCCCUGGAACUGUGAUGGACAUGAUCGGCAAGAGGGUGUUGGACGUCAAGGGGAUCAAGGUUUUGGUACUGGACGAAGCGGAUGAUAUGUUGGAUAUCCAAGGUUUGGGCGAUCACACGUUGAGGAUCAAAAAGAUGAUUCCGCCAGCUGCGCAAACUUUGCUAUUCUCUGCUACCUUCCCUGACCGGGUCGACGCUUUCGCCAAGCGUUUCGCCCCGGAUGCCAACGAGAUCAGGCUCAAGCCGGAAGAAUUGAGCGUCGAGGGGAUCAAGCAAUUUUACAUGGAUUGCGAGAGCGAGGAGGUCAAGUAUGACGUGCUGUUGGAGCUUUACAACUUGUUGACGAUUGGACAGUCGAUCAUCUUCUGUGCACGACGAGAUUCCGCGGAUGUCAUUGCGAACCGUAUGAUCGCCGAAGGACACUCGGUCGCCGCCCUACACGGUGCCAAGGACGCGAACGAGCGUGAUCUCGUGAUCGAUGGGUUCCGAGAUGGGAACACCAAGGUCUUGAUCACCACCAACGUCAUCGCUCGAGGUAUCGAUAUCAGUCAGGUGACAAUGGUCGUCAACUAUGACUUGCCUACGCUUCGACAGGGAGGAAUGGGCAGGGAUAGGGUGGAUACCGAGACUUAUCUUCAUCGAGUUGGUCGAACGGGUCGAUUUGGACGACAAGGAAUCGCGGUCAACUUUGUCAGCGAUGAGAAUUCGUGGCAGGCGAUCCAGGAUCUCAAGACGGAUCUCGGACGAGAUAUCGUCAAGGUCGCUACCGGAGAUUUCGAUGAGAUGGAGAAGACUCUGAAAUUCCACAUGAAGAAGUAGACAUAGGGUGGAAGUUUAUGCCCCAGACCGACUUGUAACGACAACUAGCGAUGUCACUAUCGCACUCAGACAUGACUCGAGGAAGAGUUUAUGCAUACCAUAACGAUCUGGCA